AUGGGUUUAUCAAUUUGGCAUAUAUUAUUAUUUGCCGUGAUCGUUAUUUUAUUAUUUGGUACAUCAAAACUUAAAAACUUAGGUAAGGAUUUAGGUGGUGCAAUUAAAGAUUUUAAAGACUCGGUUCAUUCUGAUGAUCAAAAACUGUCUGAAACAAAUCAGCCUAAAGAAAUUCAUCAUCUCGAUUUAAAUAAAGAAAAAAACACUAACGGUUUUGGUGAACUCUUGGCUUUUGCUGUUAUUGCACUGAUUAUAUUGGGACCUGAAAAGCUCCCUCAAACAUUAAGGGUGGGAUUACUUAAAUAUAGAGCCCUUAAAAAUAAUCUUAACAAAAUCCAGCUA